GUUUAUCUAGACUAGAUUGAAAUAUUAUGAUUAAGAUUCAGGAUCAUUUCUGGAAUCAUUUUCCAUCCUCAUAGCUUUUGUGCCUCUGAUAGUCAGUUUUUUAUCCCUGAUCUGAAGUGAUUUGAAGCUCAUGUCUUCAUCAAGGAUUCAUGGUCAAGUAAAGGUUGGAAAACAAAGUUAUUACCUUCGUAAAAAUAUCAACAAAAAUCUGAAAAAGUUCAAAUAAAUGUGAGUACAAGUGUGUAAAUCGACCCUUAAACUUGGAUCACAGUCCAAACUCUCGUUUCCUCGUUCCUCUGAACCGAUCAAACCCGAUUGAAAGUCUUGUCCAGUCAUCCUUCAGUACUGAGUCUGCUGGCGUCUCUGAGCACAUAUUUGGUCAUCCUGUGAUCAGUUCCUCAUUUUUCAGCAGAUGAUGAGAUAAAAAUUCGUAUAUAAGAGCCGGUUCUUCUCUUGCUCUAUACCACUCGCUGGAGCGUUGAAGUUUUGCCGAGGAAGAAGAAGAAGAGAAGAAGAAGAAGAAGGUAACUCUUCCAAACCUUUGAACUUCACUACCUUCACAUCUUGACUCUUUACAGUCAGGGCAGGUGGUCUCUUUCAUCCUCUCUCUGUGUUCCUGAUAUGAUGGACACGUCUUUAUCUCUCAAUUCUUAUUGAUCGUCAUUUUCAGAAUCAGCAAUAUGAAGCUGCUGGCUGUCUCUGCACUUCUCUGUGCCGUCGUGGCUCUGACAGGAGCUUUUGGUCAGUACUUUUAGGAGACUGAAUAAUGUAUCAUGACUGUAGACAUCAGAGUUAUUACAGCUGAAAGUUUUGUCUCUAUUUUUACCUGAAUGACCGAGUAAAUGUCUGUUUUUUUUUUAUUGUCCAGUUCUUCCUGCAGAUGAACAGCAGGAACUCGGUCAGUGAAUUUUCUUGCAGAUGUCAAAUACCUGAAAUGUUUAAUAUUAUUUGGAUGCAUAUAUUUAUACCACUCUAUCCUCCAAAGGUUUCCUCACUUUAUUCUUGUCCUUUAUUCUCAGAGAACUUCCUCGACAAAAGGGCAGCUUGUACCGGCGCCUGGACUGAGUUCAAUGGACGCUGUUUCCGAUAUUUUCCAAGAGCUUUGACUUGGGCUGCUGCUGAGGUAACCGAGAUGGCUUUACUUUUAACUUGAAUUCAUGUUAUUGAUCUUUAGUCCAUCUUGGUCACGCCUCAUUUUCACCCACAUUUUUUCCCCUGCAGAAAAACUGUCAGUCCCUCGGAGGAAACCUUGCAUCAAUCCAGAACAUCGAGGAGUACCACGAGAUCCAGAGACUGAUUGUGGCCGGCAGUUACAACCUGCAGCUGGCAUGGGUUGGUGGGAAUCUUGCCCAUCAGGUAUUCUUCAUUUGAUCCACCUGCCGAUUUCAAGUUUGAGGCGAAUGAUGUUAUGGUUAUUCUUUAUAAAAUUCUACUUCAACUCAACGUUACUUUCAUGUCAUCGAUUAAAUUUACGGUGGCCCCAAAGGGACAAAUUUCAGACCUUUGUUAUGAACCCGUUAACGGUCACAGCCCUUGUGUGUAUAUUCAGUAUAUCACUUGUUUCAGGUCACAUCUUGGCUGUGGAGUGAUGGGACUAGGUUCACCUACGAGAACUGGUGCCAAGGGGAUCCCCAGAAUGGUUCUGGAAAUAACUGCAUGCAGGUCAACUACAGCGGUAAAUAAAACCCACUUAAAUGAACCUUAUGAUGGACCGGUCCAUUUCCAGUUGUUUCUGUGAAGUAUCAGUUACAGUCAUAAUAGUUUUCUGAAUGAUAUCAGAAAAGUGACCCGACUGUAAAGCCGUGAACUUUGAUUUAUUUGUCACCACAACGAACCAUUGUUUGAUCAUUUUUAUUUGUAAUGUUUUCAGAGAGUAAGUGCUGGAACGACGGCAACUGCAACGAAGUUCUUCCAUUCGUCUGUUCCACCAGGGCGUAAUCCCACUCCGGUCCAGACAGAAGCACCCGUGAAGACAACAGACACUCGUCCUUCUCUUAAAGAACCCGAGACACAAACUUCAAGCGCUCUAUCUUCUCUCAUUUCUUUAUCUUUCUUUACUCUCGCUGUAACGCAACUCAAGGAAUGAAAAGACAAGUAAACAGGAACUGGAUUGUCUCUUUGGCUGAGUGCCUUUAAAAAGAGAAAAGAUCAUGUUUGAUGGAAAGAUCGCUUUUUGCAUAAUUCUUGUUUCAUUUGCAAAAUAAAAAGCAUUAAGCAUUCAAA